AUGUCACACUUUAACCCACGUGGUCGAACCAACGCCGUGCUUAUGCGUACACGGUAUUCAGGUUUGGAUACCAGUCCCAUCACAAUCCCAUUGGACGAAGAAUUUGUAAAACCCGUGAAGCGACAAACGAGCUCUAAUAAAGGUCCAAACGACCACGGUCUAACACAAAACGCUUCAAUGCCUACAUGCUUACAUGCUAACUGGUGGAUGCCACAUGCCUCUUUGAUCAAAAAAAUGUCCAGUAUGUCUUCUUCAGUGAUCAUUUUCUCGAUUGAACCACCUCCGUUCGGUCGUCCAUAUGUGAAUAUGGAUCCGGAAGUUAUUGGAUUAUUACGCGAAAUCGAGUGUUUGGACAAGCUGCAAUGUCCGAUUCCUCGUAUUGCCGAAGAGUUCUGGUUGAAAGCAUCGAUUCUGAAGGAGAACUAUGAACAAUUGAAGCUCAUGUGCAAUGAAUAUGUACGGAUCACCAAACUUGUCCCGCCCAAUUUGACACUGCUUAUCAGUCCCACCGUUCAACGUUUGAAUCGAGCAUUGCAGCCGGGUAUUGUUUUGCACAACUGGAGUAGCGUCAGUUUGAAAUCAUACAUCCAGGAAGUCUCUCAAGAGCUCAGUCGACUUGAACGUAUUCUGGAUCAGGCCAAUCAAAUUCUGGAGCAUCGUAUCAGUGCUGUACUCAAACGGAUUGCACAGUGUCAAUUGCUCAGUUUGCCCGACGAUCCGAAUUCCCCGUUGGAAAUGAUCGAAUUGGUUAGACAAACAAGACAACAAACACGCAAAGCAGCUGAGGAGAUUGACGCGCUCAGUUCGAGUGCGUUGUGUGCCGCAGUGGAAUACGUGAAUGGAUUGUUGGUUGACUACGAUGCGUUUAUACAGCGAAACAAUCUGGGUCCGCGUAUAGCAGAAGAGUUACGUUUGAAACGAUCUUACAUUGAAGGAACAAAAGACCCGGCAAACAAGGGUAGGUGA